AUGGCGAGAAGUGCCUUUUUGCGCACGUCCAACCAGCCACAGUUCCAAACACUGCUGCGUCGAAACGCACGACCCGAUUUUGUCUACCGACGGCCAUCUGGUGAAUCUGACCGUCGAACGCGGUUGUCGAAUCGUUCACAGCUUUCUACAAUAGAGCGCUCUAAUGAGCAAAAGUCUCCUGCUGGCUGCUUGUGGAAUGAAAAUAGGAAUGCUCAAGUACUUCCCACGGACUCAGUCCGGGCGAGGCCAACAUUCUCUUUCGUCAAGUCAGAGCAGUCUUUGAAGCAAGAACAAGUGAUGGAUGCCUCUCAUCCCCUAAGUGGUAUAAUAGCGGCUGCACAAUUGGGCUUCAGUGAUGCCGAUGUGUAUACCCCUCUAAAUGGACCCCUUUCCCGACAGGAACUCAAAAUUUACCAGUCAAAGGAUCCUUUCCCUGCUGGUUUCAUUCCUCUAUUACCGCCACCAAAAGAGAUGUGUUUUACCUGAUAAGCUGUGUUCUCGCCCACUUUACUAUUCUCAUUCAGCCACCAGAAUGUAUACACCUAUAUUUUUGUAUAAAUGGGCUACUGUUCAUUGCAGGAUUGAUUAUUCAGGCCUCGGGUGAUGUAACAA